GCGGUCCCUUUGUCAAGCCGCGGACCUAACCCAAGUGAAAUAACGGCUGCGGCUGCAUCGGAGCGCCGUCCAUCUCCCGUCAUCAAUUUCUUGCCUCCUACGAUACCGCGUCCGUCCUCCGGGUUGCCGACCAGGAGCACCGUAACGAUGCGCCUCUCCAUCAGGGUCUCGUUUGUCUUUUGGGGCAUUGCCCUGCUAACGGGCAUCUGCUAUGUGAUUUCGCGCGGGCUCGUUUUCAAGCAGAUCUUCAUGAACCACGCGGGCAUUCCCAUCUCGCAACCCGAAGUCGCAAACGCCUACAACGCCUCAGGGGAUUCGCGCCCUCAGCUCAUCCCCAAGCUCAUCCACCAGGUUUUCCACAACUGGCACGACCCCGGUAACGAAGUGCUACCCGACGACUGGGACAAGGUCCGUCAGACGUGCAUCAAGGCGAACCCCGACUUCAACUACACGCUCUGGACCGAGAAAUCGUCGCGCGAUUUCAUCGAGAGGGAAUAUGCCUGGUUCCUCCACACAUACGACGGCUACCGAUAUCCCGUGCAGAGGGUCGAUGCAGUCCGCUACUUUAUCCUUUUGCAUUACGGCGGUAUCUACCUCGAUCUCGACAAUGGUUGCAAGACGGAUCUGACGCCUCUCCUGUACUAUCCUACGUGGAUUACCGAACCUGGCCGCGGCGCCUUGAGCAAUAAUGUCCUUGCCUCGCGACCGAACCACCCAUUCUGGAACCGCCUCACACUGUCGCUGAUGCCUUGGGACUACAACUGGUUCUUCCCCUACGUCACCAUCAGCUACGCGAGCGGCCAGUGGUUUGUGUCGGCCAUCUGGCAGGAAUACCACUCUCUCCUCCCCAAGGUCAGCGAGAACCCCGACAUUGAGCACCGGCUGUAUCGGCUCAUGAUGGACGAUCGCGCCGGCGAGGAUCCCUGGGUCUACUUCACCCAGGAGCGCGGCGGCACGUGGAUCAAUUGGGACAACUACCUCUUCUUGAUGAUUGGCGAUCAUCUUUUCCUCUUUGUAUUGCUCCUGGUCAGCAGCAUCUCCCUGGCGGGCUGGCUCAUCACCCGGAUGAUCCGGAAGUACAAGACUGGCGGCUACUCGCGGCUGAAGACCCAGCUCAACAGAUACACGAUAUAGGGAUGCGUGGUUGAGGUUUCGCUAUUUCGAGAUUAGCCGCUUGUUCGCGCCACUUGGGAAACCAAAUGGUCUGAUGCUGUACCGCAACCGAAAUGAGACGCCCCGGUGCCGAAGGACGUGCCCGGCGACUACGGACCCGACGUUGGCCAUUUGGGCCAGAGACCAAGACACAUUACCGGCUCCUUGAUUUGGAGACAGUUAUGAUGGCUUGCAAUCUGACAGGUCCUGGUACCUUCAGCUUGAUCCGCAUUCCUAGACCUCGCCGUCGGCCGUUACCACGCAGGGUGGGCUCCAAACCGGCGGAGGUGAUGGGACCAUCGGCACACCGCUACGUUU